UUUUCCCCCCUUCUUUUUCUCCUUUAUUCUUUAAACAACUUCAGUAAUUGGUUCAAAUCUUGUUUCAAUAGAUUGAAUUUCAUCUUCAAUAAAACCCUAAUUCCCCAAAAAAGUAUGAACACUACUACAAUUCCAGUGCAAAUUUCAUCAUCAGCUUUGAAUUACUGCUAUUUUCGUAGCAGUUGCAGUUAUUUUUUGUCCUCUUCAACAUUUCGCAAAACCCUAAAAUCUCCCACUUCGAAUUGGAGAAUGACCAAUUUUGCUUGUUUAUCUGCUGAUUCUAAUUCUGACGAUGUUGCGACGUCGUUUUCUAUAAAGCCUAAGCCUAAACCGUGGCUUGUUGUUGGCCUUGGAAAUCCUGGCAAAAAGUACAACGGCACUCGUCAUAAUGUUGGAUUCGAGAUGGUAGACGCCAUUGCAGAAGCAGAGGGAAUUUCAAUGAAUAGUGUAUCUUUUAAAGCUAUGUUUGGGAAAGGUUACAUUGGAAAAGUUCCAAUUAUCCUAUCCAAGCCACAAACUUUUAUGAAUGUCAGUGGUGAGUCUGUUGGUCCUAUGGUUUCAUAUUAUAAGAUCCCAUUGAACCAAGUAUUAGUGAUAUACGAUGAUUUGGAUUUGCCUUUUGCAAGAUUGAGGCUAUUGCCUAAGGGUGGUCAUGGAGGACACAAUGGGAUGAGGAGUAUCAUUGAUCAUUUCAAAGGAAAUCGUGACUUUCCUCGUUUAAGGAUAGGUAUUGGGAGGCCUCCUGGAAAGAUGGACCCUGCAAGCUUUGUUCUUCGUCCAUUCAACAAACAAGAACGUGAAGAGUUGGAUAUGACAUUGCAAGGUGGAUUGGAGGCCAUUCGGAUACUUUUGCUAGAAGGUUUUAAUAAAAGCGCAACAUUUGUGAAUAGUGCAAAGCGCCUGGAACAACUUAGUUGAUCAAGUAUACUAUCAACCUUUUUUUUUUUCUUUUUUUUUUUUAUUUAUUUAUUUUUUUUUUUUUUUAAAUCUCUAUUGGUAACUGUCAAUAUAUAUGUCUUCAUUGAUGAUAUCAUUCAAAUUUGAACCUCUAGGUGUAAUUCACACUAUAAACAUUUUCUGUAAUCUUGUCUGAUUUUUAGUUUGUUCUUUGAGGGCCACAACAGGUCAUAUUUGUUUGAACCUUGAGUUAA